UAACCUCUGUUGGGCCCCUAGCUCAAUUCCAACUUUUACUGCGGCCAGUCUCCAGCCAUUUGCAGGACCCAGAAAACUGCAGCCGCUGUUACCAGAAUGGUGAUCCGUGUGUAUAUUGCGUCUUCCUCUGGCUCUACGGCGAUUAAGAAGAAACAGCAAGAUUUGCUUGGUUUCUUAGAAGCUAACAAAAUAGGGUUUGAAGAAAAAGAUAUAGCUGCCAGUGAAGAGAAUCGGAAGUGGAUGAGAGAAAAUGUACCUGAAAAUAGUCGACCAGCCACAGGGUAUCCCCUGCCACCUCAGAUUUUCAAUGAAAGCCAGUACCGUGGGGACUAUGAUGCCUUCUUUGAAGCCAGAGAAAAUAAUUCAGUAUAUGCUUUUUUAGGCUUGACAGCCCCACCUGGUUCAAAGGAAGCAGAAGCUCAGGCACAGCAGCAAGCAUGAACCUUAAACGUUAAGCAUCCUGGAAAAGGAGUCUCCAUUGUUUUUAUAAAGUAGCAAAAUUAUCUUGGCUUCAAAAGAAAUAGGCUUAAUGUUGAAAUAAUAAAUUAAUUGGUGUUUUCACAUGCAAGCAAUCAAAAUGAAUACAUAAUUAAAUGUGAAUAUUAUGAUGAAGAGAAUGGAGGAUGAAUGUAAAAUUUUAAGUAGAUGUCAUGGAAUAGUUUUGUUAUCUGUCAAAAGGCAUUUUAUGUACUUCAGUGUUUUUAAAAAGCAAACACUUUUGCCCUUUGUUGGUAUUAUUAUCGCAGCUGAAGUGUACAUUUAGCUCUACAUUGAAUUUUAAAACGAGUAAGAGAAAGAAUUUUGUUUCCAAAUUGCCUCAUUAAUUUUAGUGAGCAAAAACAUGUACUUUUUUGGUGUGACGUUAUUGUGACUAAAAAGUAGUUGCAAGUAAUGUUUAUGUUAUGUCAGACAUUGUAAUUUCCUAUGGUAAUUACAACAUUCCCAUUCUUUUGUAGUUGAAGCUUCUAUGUACUGAACCACAGGUUUUCUAGGCUUCUAAACGUAGCCUUUCCUCGCAUGUUUCAGUGAUCAGAACAGAUGAUCUCUCUCUCUCUCACACACACACACACACACACAAAUAGCUGCAUUUAGUUGACAAGUUCCUUGCUUAACUACACAGCUAUGAUGCUGUCCUGUUUCUAAGUUGCUUGCUCCGGUGAAAUAUGCAUAUGUAUGUUACGGGAGUGGGAUGGUAAGUACAUUUAAAGUGGCAUCCUUUGCAAAGAGUUCAGACUUUUAAUUUACUACUAUAAAAUAGGUCAGCAUUCAUUGCCCAAGAUUUUUUGGAGGAGCUCUUUGCUAAAAAUAUCUCAGUGGUUCCCCAUUUUAAAGCAAAAUGUGAUUAUAAAUGCCACUAUCUCUCAGAUAUUUGACCUUUAUUUCAGCAUGGGUAUAUAUUGUGUGAAUACAAUAAUCUAAGCAGAGAGAAUAUUUUCUAUGCCUCUAUUCCAGUGAAUAGCACAAGUAUCAGAUAAAAGGAUCGAUUUUUAAAAUGUUAAUUCUAAAGACUUCUAAGAAGACAAGAAACAUCAUGUCCUAAAUUACUUACC